AUCCUGAUGUGGCAGUUUAAUGGGAACGCGAUGUAAAACCAGAAAGCCUUUCUGUAAAACAUGGUGAGAGGGGUUCGUGAAACCGAUGAGUUUACCAGGCAACACUGCUGCCACUAUGGAGCACUAUCUAACUAAUGUGAACUUGAUGGGGAUGAUAUAUUACACAUAGCAAUCAUGGAACAGACACAUUGACAAAGAUUAACUGCACUCACUCUCAGUGCGCUGCUGCCAGUCAGCAUGCUGCGGAUACUGUCACUCAAAUUUGGCCGCGUCUACCGGUGCGGCAAGUUCCUCUUCAUCGUAGCUUUUUUUGUUAUCCUGCUGAUGAACACUCACAACCUAUUCGCCUCAUUCCAGAGGAACGAGCUCACCGACCGGCGAUUCAUCGGCCUCAACAAGUGUCCGGCCUGCUUCGGCACUAGCUGGUGCCGGAAGUUCAUGAACGGCCAGGUGACCUUUGAGAUGUGGGGUCGUCUGCGCUUCCUAGACUUUUUCAAUGUAAAGAACGUUUAUUUUGCUCAGUAUGGAGAACCCAGGGAAGGAACGCGCAGGGUCGUGCUCAAACGCCUGGGCUCCAACCAAGAGCUUGCAGAGAUCGAUCAGAAGAUCUGCAAACGGGCCACUGGAAGGCCUCGCUGUGAUCUCAUUCAGGGUAUGUACAAAACGGAGUUCGCCCAACUAAACGGGGACGUAAGGCUGCUGACCCCAGAGGUGGUGGAGGGCUGGUCGGAUCUGGUGCACUGCCCCUCGCAGAGGCUUCUUGACCGUGUGGUCAGGAGGUACGCGGAGACCAAGGACUCUGGAAGCUUCCUGCUGAAGAACCUUAAGGACACUGAACGGAUGCAGCUGCUGAUGACGUUGGCGUUCAACCCUGAGCCGCUUGUGCUGCAGAGUUUUCCCUCUGAUGAGGGCUGGCCAUUCCCCAAAUACCUCGGUGCCUGCGGCCGGAUGGUGGCGGUGAAUUACGUGGGCGAGGAGCUCUGGAGCUUCUACAAUGCACCCUGGGAGAAAAGAGUGGAUCUGGCCAAGCAGCUGAUGGACAUCGCCGAGCAACUGACCAACAACGACUUUGACUUUGCCCUUUACCUCCUAGAUGUGAGCUUCGACAACUUUGCAGUCGGGCCUCGUGACGGAAAAGUCAUCGUCGUCGAUGCAGAAAACAUCAUAGUGGCGGACAAGAGAUUGAUUAAGCAGAAUAAACCAGAGAACUAUGACGUGUGGUACGAGAGCCGCUACGAGGAAUGCGACAAAGAGGCCUGCCUCUCCUUCUCCAAGGACAUCCUCUGCUCUCGAGUCACCGUGGACCACAACUACUAUGCUAUCUGUCAAAACCUGCUUUCCAGAUUCGCCACGUGGCGGGGCACCACGGGCGGUCUCCUCCAUGACCCCCCUGCCGACUUGGUCAAAGACGGCCGCCUCACGGCUCUGCUGGACCAGUGCACCAGGCCUCAGAAACAGUACGGUCGCUUCCAGGCAGCUAAAGAACUGCGGGAGUACCUGACAGAACUCACACAGCUGAGCAAUACUAACAGGUAGUGUCCAGAACAGGGAACAUUCUGUGCCCCCACUCCUCCUCAAAAAAGACUUCUGAAGUAAUUUUUACAAAUGUGCUACCAGAUUCUGGAACACAUCCA